UAACGGCAGUUCACUAGCCCUUUGUUCUGCGCGCGAGCUGGGAGUACUGGGAGUACUGGGAGUAAGGGCUCGAGCGCGCGGAUUGAAGCGCGUCAGUUUCCUCCUCCGUAUAAACCAACAUGGCGUCCGGGGACCUGAGGGAUAAUCUGCUGGGCAUUUCCUGGGUGGACAGCAGCUGGGUUCCGAUGCUGAACUCGGGAAAUGUUCUGGACUAUUUCUCGGAGAGGAGUAACCCGUUUUAUGACAGAACCUGCAACAACGAGGUGGUGAAGAUGCAGAGACUCACACUGGAACACCUCAAGCAGAUGGUUGGAGUGGAGUAUAUUCUGCUUCAUGCUCAGGAACCGAUUCUCUACAUCAUCAGGAAGCAGCAAAGACAGUCACCUGCACAACUGAUUCCUCUUGCUGAUUAUUACAUCAUUGCCGGUGUGGUGUAUCAGGCUCCUGAUCUGGGGUCAGUCAUCAGCUCCAGACUGUUGUCUGCAGUUCAUGGGAUCCAGUCAGCAUUUGAUGAGUCGAUGUCAUUCUGUCGUUAUCAUCCAUCAAAGGGCUACUGGUGGCAUUUUAAAGACCAGGAGGAGCGAGAGAAAGUAAAGCCAAAGCAGAAGAAGAAGGAGGAGCCGAGUUCACUGUUCCAGAGACAGAGAGUAGACACACUGCUGCUUGACCUGAGGCACAAAUUCCCUCCUUUGUUCUACCAGCCGAAACCCGGAGAGAAGCCAGUUCCAGUGGAGGUGAAAAAGGAGGCGGAGCUUCCAGCAGAAGCAGUGAAACAGGAAGAGCGAGAGGCGGCCAUUAAACCGCCCGCAGCUUCAGGAACCUCUAAACCUCCACCUGAGAAACGAGCACGCCUGCAGUGACACACACACACACACACACUGCAGUAUUAAUGCUAUAUAAUGCUGAAGGUGAUGGUUUACCACAGAUAAAAUGUCCACACUGCCCUGAACCCAGAUGUGGCCGCUCGUCCGGUUGCUGUGGCCAGCAGGCUGACCGCUGUGAUGUAGCUUACUGACCCACGCUUCUUAUUUUUCACUUUUUUAUUGCUUGUAAAUCUGUUUUCUUUGUAAAUAGUGACGUUUUUUUAUACUUGUAGACUUUUGUACAAAAUCCAGUAUAAUCGUGAAUGGACGCUCAUAUCAGUCAUCACACAGCAGGUGUGGCUGUUAACAUGGACAGAAUGAUUAAUUAUGGAUGUAAUGUGUUGAAUAAAUACUGUGUUGUAGAGUU